ACUCUUAAUAAUUCUGGUGGAGCUGAAAAAUCCUUCAAUAUCAACCUCAAGGGUCUAUGCUUAAGAGAGACUAAGAAAUCCAGGCACUGUAUGGUUGCCACGUGGCAUCCUUGGUAAUCUUCAUUGUGUGGACAUUAUGGAUUGUGUGACCAAUCUUUUUGUUACACACUACCAAUCAGCUACUAUAAGUCCCUCACUUUGUCAUAAACUUGCAUAGAAUUUGCUUCCACUUUGAGUACUUUUUGCUUAAUUCUUUGUAGCACCAAUCAGAGCACUUCUAUGGCUGCCUCAGUCUCCACUGUAGGAGCUGUCAAAACUCCUUUGAGCUUGAAUGGUUCAGUAGUAGCUGGACCUUCAGUUUCCAAUUCAGCUUUCUUUGGCACAAGCUUGAAAAAGAUAACCUCAAGACUUCCAAACACAAAGGUAAAUUCGAGUGGAAGCUUAAAAAUAGUUGCUGCAGAGACUGAAGGAGGAAAAGAGAAAAAACCAGACAGAUGGAAGGGUCUUGCCUAUGAUAUUUCAGAUGACCAACAAGACAUCACAAGGGGAAAGGGUAUGGUUGAUUCAGUUUUCCAAGCUCCACAAGAUGCUGGAACUCACUAUGCUGUCAUGAGCUCUUAUGAAUAUAUUAGCACUGGACUUCGCCAGUACAACUUUGACAACACCAUGGAUGGAUUUUACAUUGCUCCUGCUUUUAUGGACAAGCUUGUUGUUCACGUCACUAAAAAUUUCAUGACCUUGCCCAACAUUAAGGUUCCUCUCAUUCUUGGUAUUUGGGGAGGCAAAGGACAAGGAAAAUCUUUCCAAUGUGAGCUUGUCUUUGCCAAGAUGGGAAUCAACCCCAUCAUGAUGAGUGCUGGAGAGCUAGAAAGUGGAAAUGCAGGAGAGCCAGCAAAAUUGAUCAGACAGAGAUACCGUGAAGCUGCUGAUAUAAUCAAGAAGGGAAAGAUGUGUGUUCUAUUCAUCAACGAUCUUGAUGCAGGAGCUGGUCGUAUGGGUGGAACAACACAAUACACUGUCAACAACCAAAUGGUGAAUGCCACACUCAUGAACAUUGCUGAUAACCCCACAAAUGUCCAACUCCCUGGUAUGUACAACAAGGAAGAUAACCCUCGUGUCCCCAUCGUCGUCACCGGUAACGAUUUCUCAACAUUGUAUGCUCCUCUCAUCCGUGACGGUCGUAUGGAGAAGUUCUACUGGGCUCCAACAAGAGAUGACCGUGUCGGUGUCUGCAAGGGAAUUUUUCGCCACGACAAUGUUCCCGUCGAUGACAUUAUCAAGAUUGUUGACACCUUUCCCGGCCAAUCCAUCGAUUUCUUUGGAGCAUUGAGGGCUAGAGUGUAUGAUGAUGAAGUGAGGAAGUGGAUUUCUGGUGUUGGUGUUGAAACAAUUGGGAAGAAGCUUGUGAACUCAAAGGAAGGGCCUCCAACAUUUGAACAGCCAAAGAUGACAGUGGAGAAACUCUUGGAAUAUGGUAACAUGCUUGUCCAAGAACAAGAGAAUGUGAAGAGAGUUCAAUUGGCAGACAAGUACUUGAGUGAGGCUGCUCUUGGUGAUGCUAAUCAAGAUGCUAUUAAGAGAGGAACUUUCUAAAUUGCACUCUCUUAAGGUUGGAUUGAUUCAAUUGCCUCAAACAGCUAGAAGUUGUGAUGGCAUGUGGUUGUAACAUUCUCAAUGUGUUAGGUGGAAGAAAAAGAUUCCAAGUUUGAGAUAGUUUUAUUAUAUUUUUCAUAUUGGAGUGUCUUCCUGUGUAAUUUUGUUCAUUUGUGUACAAUGUUAAAUUGAAUUUGGUGUCUUUCUCUCUCAA